UCUGUUGAAUGGUUAACUUAGAUUCGAAACUUUUUUUUCAAACUUAUUGUGGUUUCGAUGACAAUACAACUAAUCACAAUUAACGAGUUAAUCUUAAUAAUAAUCAGUGUAAAUUAAUCAGUUCUCAGUGUAAUCAAACUACAAUUAACUAUAAAUCACCAAUAUCAUCAAAGUGAUAAUUGAAAAAAGUUUUUUUUUCUGUUCUGUUCAAAAAGCAACAAUCAACAAACAACCAAAUGGAUUAAAUUUUUAUAGAUUAAUUGAUUUGCCAAACAAUCAAAAAUGAUAAUUUAAUCAACUAAUCAGGAUUGAAUCUAAAUGACUAUGUUUUCAGUAUUGGAGCAAUUGUUUCACACGAAAUUAUCAGAUCAACGGUUUGUGUAACAAUUAGUAAAUUACUCCGAGUGAAUUACUAUCUCAUUGAAUGUGUAUCUCUGUGUGUUUGUUUAUCUGUGAUAAUAGUUUGUUUUUCACCUUUCAUUUGAUUUGUAAAUUGUCAACAAUCAAUAAAUACUAAUUAGAAAUGAUGGAAACAUCUUCAUUAACUCCUUUAUCAUCCAAACUAAAUCACAGUUUAACUGAUCAAUUGGUAUCACCUUCAAUCAGUUCAUCACUUUACCUUGUCCAUCAUCAUCAUCAUCAUCACAAUAAUAGCUCAUCAGAUUCUGGGAAAUCAGUGACACCAACAUCAGAACCUGAUAAAAAUGGUCAAUCAAUUGAAUGUGUAGUUUGUGGUGAUAAAUCAUCAGGUAAACACUAUGGUCAGUUUACCUGUGAAGGUUGUAAAUCAUUUUUCAAAAGGUCAGUUCGACGUAAUUUAACUUAUACUUGUCGAGGAAGUCGCAAUUGUCCAAUAGAUCAACACCAUCGUAAUCAGUGCCAAUAUUGUAGGCUAAAAAAGUGCCUAAAAAUGGGUAUGAGGAGAGAAGCUGUCCAAAGAGGACGAGUACCACCAAGUCAACACGUUCUACCAGGCCAAAUGACCCCAGCAUUGACCAACGGUGAAACGUUAAAUGGACACGCAUAUUUAUCAUCUUUCAUAACGUUACUGGUUCGCGCUGAUCCAUCAUCACAGUAUGUCCAGUACGCACAAACACCAAACAUGAUGACCAUGGAAUCAAUUAAUGACAUAGCCACUCGUCUAUUAAUCUCGGCCAUUGAUUGGGCUCGAAAUAUACCUUUUUUCCCUGACCUUCAAGUGACCGAUCAAGUUGCCCUUCUACGAGUUGUCUGGUCAGAAUUGUUUGUCCUUAACGCUUCCCAAUGCUCAAUUAAUGUGACGGUAGCCCCUUUACUAGCAGCCUCCUCAGUCCACGCCUCGACUCCAUUUGCAGCCGAUCGGGUGAUCACUUUCAUGGAUAAUAUCAGAAUCUUUCAGGAACAAGUAGAUAAACUCAAGUCACUUCAUGUAGACAGAGCUGAAUAUAGUUGUCUUAAAGCCAUUGUCCUUUUCUCAACAGAUGCUUGUGGCUUAACCGAUGUCAAUCAUAUUGAAAGUUUACAAGAAAAAUCUCAAUGUGCCCUCGAGGAAUAUUGUAGGACCACAUAUCCUAAUCAACCGACACGAUUUGGUAAAUUGUUACUUCGUUUACCAUCACUUCGGACAAUUAGUAGCCAAGUAAUCGAGCAGAUAUUUUUGUUUGGAGUGACGGCAAAAAUGCCGAUCGAUCAGCUCAUCAGAAACGCUCUGCUUAAUGAAAACAUCCCACCUCUUCAUUGGCCACCACCGGGCUAUUUGGCUUGUUAACAUAGACAAGAGUAGUGGUCAUCGUCGUCUUCAUCUUUAUCGUCACGAAGAAAAAAAUUUUAUAUCGAAUAGAACAAAAAAUUCGAUAUUUCCAUUAUUCCCACUGCUCUCUCCCUCUCAUCUCUCAUUUACAUCAGUACAAUUUGACUCCCACUCCCACCUUCUUCUUAACUCUCUCACCUCCUCCUCUUUCUUAUUGUCCACUCCCAACACCCACAUGGACAAUAGACAAUAAUGGAAAUGACAACAAAGAGAAGAAGAAAAAAUUUUUUUUCUCGAAUAAUUUUCACUAUUGUUAUGUCAUUUAGAAGGAGAAUGAUGAAAACAAACUGGACAUUGGUCAAGAUGAUGUUUACCUUUGAUAAUAGUGUUAAUAUCCCUCAUCCCCUUUUAGCAUCUUCCAAAGCAAUUGUUGAUUAUUUACUUAUAUUUUUUUUUUCUCUUCCUCAUCAUCAUCAGUUUCUCAUCUUCAUCAUCACCUUCAUCUUUUUUAGUAUUUUUUUGUCUCCAUUUUUUUUGCGUUCUCUCUCUCUCUCUCUCUCUCUCUCUCUCUCUCUCUCAUUUUCAUCAAUAUUAUCAUCCAUCGAGUGUAUAAAUUGUUUCAUAAUAAGUAAUUAUUGAAUAUAAACGUCAAUAUAACAAUUAAUAAUAAAUAAGAUUACGGCAACAAUUAAAAUUGUUUCAAUUU